AUUUAAAACCGUUUUACAGAGAGGAUGGAGAGAUUGAGAAAGAGUUUUCGGCGUAAGGGUAAACAGAAAGAGAGUGGGAUGACUGAAAUGAAGGAAGAAACUGACGCUGUAACAAUAUCUGAGAUGAGUACAACAGGAGAAGGUGAGAUAGCCCCUCCAAGCAGGCUGGCCAGGUUGCGCCAAAGUCUUAGAAUAAAAAAUAACAAGAAAAAAGUUGACGAACCCAAAAUUGAGGAGGAUCCUGAUGAUCAAAUCCAGAUAGAACCAUUUGAUAAAAAAUCUAAAUUCCGUAGAAGUCUUUCCUUUCGAAAGAAGAAGAACAAGUCCAAGAAGAAAGAAAAACCUGUGAAGUUUGAAAAUGAUGAAGACAGUGUUAGGGCUGGUAGAUGCACUUUUGCUGUCAAGUAUUUGGGAAGCAUUGAGGUUUUGGACUCCCGUGGUAUGGAAGUUUGUGAAGCCGCCGUGAAGCAACUGAAGAAGUCUAAAAAGAAACCGGUUUCUAGCAUCUUACAUGUAUCCGGAGACGGACUUCGUGUAGUAGAGAAAAAAUCAAGUGGAAUGCUGGUUGACCAGGUUAUUGAGAAAGUGUCCUUCUGUUCUCCCGACAGGAAUUGUGAGAAGGGAUUUGCUUACAUAUGCCGUGACGGAACAACCCGACGAUGGCUGUGUCAUGCUUUUCUAGCGAAAGAAGAUUCUGGGGAACGAAUAAGUCACGCAGUCGGAGUUGCAUUUUCUAUUUGUCUGGAGAGAAAACAACAACGAGAGUCAGACUGUGGUGUUAGUAUGAGCUAUAAUGAGUCUGACGGAACUUUUACGAAAUUUGGUUCAUUCCGCCAAGGAACAAUUUCAGAGAGAAUCCAGGAUCCGCAGAUAUUUAAACCUUCUUCCCCACCCCCUGUUCAAAAGGUAGAGAAUCCACAUGCUGUAGCUCGUCCACAUGUCACAGAUCUUAUGUUUCAACGCCAAGCGUCUUUUAAGGGGUUGGCCAGUCUUGCUGGAAAUUCACCUUUUAAGCGAGGUGUUGCAUAUUCGUCACUUAGAGAGACCUCCCUUCCUUCCACAGUACAGAGAAAGGAAAAGUCAAGGAUCUCUCUGAUACUUGAGGAAAAUUUUGAGGACGAGGAGUUGAAGAACGAAAUAAAUAAUUUGAUGAACAAAAUGACAGCAGAAAGGUUCUCUACUAAGGGAAACAACAAUAAUAGUAAUAACAUCAAUAAUAAUGGAGGAAAAGGAAAUGGGGAGCCAGAUAAGCAGGUUGCUCGAGUGCAACCUGUACAACUGCAAGAGCCUCGUCCUUUACCCUAUAUUAGUCCAAGUCCAGAAAUUAUCAAGUUUGCCCCUGCCGUCCCUGAUCCUCUUCCUUCGUCUCUUGAUCCCAGUCCCUCCUCUACAAAUAACCAAGCUAACACUGAUAUACCUUUUGAUAAGAAUCCUUGGGAUCUGGUCCCAGAUCAAAGCAAGUUUAAACAUCACUCCAGAUCUAACAGUAAAACCGAGAACAUUCGAGAUAACCCAGCUGAUAAUUGGCUCGCUUCACUUACGAGUAAAAUAUCAGAUAUUGAAGAUAAUAAUGCUUCAUACGGAUUCCAAGGUUCCGACCAUGAGGAAGAUUUAGAUAAGGAGUUUGCACAGUUGGCUAAACGAAACACACUGAAAAAUACGAAUCCCUUCAAAGCAGUUCUUUAAUUAAAUUAAUUGCGUAAAUUAUGUUUACUGUGUUUACAAAACAGUGAACACUGAACAUACUUAUCAUUUAUUAUAACUAUUAUUUACAAUUUAUCUAUUAUAUUUUUUUCUUUCUUUCUUUUAAUUUUUAAUUAUUUUUUUAUUAUCACAAUUUUACGACCUGCUUUUCUCAUGCAAAAAGAAAAACAUCUGAAAACUUAGUUUUUGUACUUGUUGGAUUCGACAUACUAUUACGGAACUGGAUGAAGUUGUUUUUUGUUCCGAUCGAUAUUUGAGAAAUUUUCUCAGUUGACAAGAUAACCAAGCCGUCCAAUUAUAAGCGCCCAACAGGUAUAAUCAGUUCGUCCAUUUCUAUGCGUCCUGAAUGAAUAUAAAUUUUGAUAAAUUAAAUAAUAAUCGUUUUUAAUACAUUUUAUCAAAUUAUAGAUAUUAAAUUUCAAUCCAGUUAUUAAAUACUUGUGAGAUUUCAAUUUAAAUAUGCCGUUGACCCCCCCCCCCCUUAUCUUUUCCGUAAAAGAGCCUAGCAACAUCCCGCGCGUGACUAAUAUUUAUCUAUCCUAAUCUAUGGGUUCAUCUGAUCUAGUAUCCGUCCAGACAGGGGUGUUUAUUUUCUUGAAAAACCAGCCCCCCCCCUUCUGAAAAUUAUUUUUUCUUACAAGAAGUUAGCUAUGUUUUUUUAGAGGUUUAUUCCUUGAAUUCGGGAAAAUAAUAAUAAAUUAAGAGUAAAAAAUAUCAAAAAAGAUAAAUAAAAAAAUAGAUUUUUUGCCCCCACUUCAUCAAAUAUUUAGGAAAUUCUUAAAAUUAUACAUAAACUCUCGCAAGUUCAUGUAAUUUGCCCCCAACAAAUUAAAAAAAUCUGUCACAAGAAGUAUAUUGGUCCAUAAAGUCUGCCACUAAGAAAAGUCUUACGACUACAACAAAAUUCUAGAUGAACCAUAUGGUUGCUUUUUUCUAAAAAGGGGGGGGGCGUUAAAAACAAACAGGCGAGGUUUGACCCAAUCCGUGUUUUAUAUUUCUAGUCCUUUACCUUUAUACUCAAUAAUUAAAUAUAAAAAGAUAAAUUCUAUUUUAACCUUUCUAAAAAGCAAAUCCUUUAUACCUUCCCUAAUUUGAUCACGACAUUUGAUCCAGUCGCGAGGUUCAGUCAUCUAGAGAAAUUUUAUAUUUACUUGUUUUUAUCUAUGUGCUAAAAACCACUGGGAUAAUGACGAUUUUUAAUUGAUUAAAAUUUACAUCAAUAAUUGGAAAUACUUUAUAAGUCAAAUGUAAGAUUAAUCUGCUAACUAAUCAACGUGAUUUAUUAUUGACUGGAUUAUUGACUUAUAUGUUGCGGAUAUAUUUUAUUAUAAACACGACAAAAUAUUAAAACAUUAAAAUAUAAAAUAGUAAUUUUGAUUUUAAAAAAUUAAGCGAUAAAUUACCAUGUUUUUAUGUAUAAUUUUAAGUGCCAUUUUUCGCCAGAAAACCCUGGUUGGCGUUGUUACUUAAAAAUGUGAUUAUAUAUACGACUUUAUAAGAAAUCAGUUCUUUACAUUUACAAACAAAACUCAACUUUAAGCUAGUCUUCUGUGAUUUUCGCCGCUUAGACUUUUCAUGAAACGUUUAUACUUUACUGGAAUAGUUGAUAACCCUUCAAUAGUGUAUUCUUUUUCGAUUGUUUAACUUUAUUAUUCUUCCUCGUGAAGUUUAUAAAGAACCUUCUUAAUAUUUUAAACGAUUUUAAUCUUAUUUUAUCAUGUAUAUUGACAUUUUAAACAUUAUUAUCGAAAUUUUGUUAUAUUUAAUUACAAAUUAAAAAGGACUUGCAUUUGAAUUUAUUUAGUUAGUUUCAUUCAUAAGUUGUUUCUAUGAAUUUUGUAAUUUUUGUAUUUUAUCUCUGGCUUUCAGCACUAACCUUAAACAUGUAUAUGAAAAUUAUAAUCGGUAGAAUUUGAUCAGAAUUUCCGUAAAAACUUAAGUAUGAAAAAAUAAUGUAACCAAUUUACUAGUCAUUAAUUUUUUUUUGACAAAGGUGGGGGAUUUUUUUCUUCUUAAAUAUUAUCUUAAUCUAACAAGCUUUUUUAAUUUUAUUAAUCAUAUACAAUUGAUUUGUUCAAAGCAAAAUCAUAACUAAACCCCACCUCUGUCCUCUUACUAUAGAAUUAUAUAUUCAUGGAUAUCUUUUAUUGUAUUUAACUGACGAUGUUGUAAUCCAAG